GUGGUGGUCAAUCUAGAUCGGCUCCCAUUGUCCCCGCAUCUGCCGUGCAUUGCAUACAAGGGGGAGAGACACUCGCCGCGUUCUGACGACUAGUGAUCGACUUGGGCCCAAUCCGUGCGUGUGAAUGAUCGGCAAGGAAGAACUACAAGGAACCUGGGCCGGCUACAAUGGAACACUCGUCCCCGUUGGCUGCAAUGCAGCCGCCGUCUGUGAUGUUCGGCCAUUGCUUUCGUCCCGAUGCCUCGACAGCCUAUGCGUCCUUCAGUCCCAUGGCUGGAUUGGCACAUAGCACCUUCAAUUUUAAGGAACUGUCCAUGAAGAAGGCCCAUGGGGACUACUUCAAUGUGAAACCUGUGCGGGGCUCAUCACCAACUGCGAGUCUUGCGGCCGACCUCUCUCAGAAUUUUCAUAUUGAUCAAAGUCCGCAAUUGGCGACGCCCCGGCGGUCUUUGUUCUCCUCCAGCCUGCUGGGAAAAGCCAAUCGGUGUGAGUCAAUGACCACACCACCGCUUCCCUCCUCGCCAGCUCCCAUGAUGGACGCUAUGGAAAUGUCUCCCUUGCCGCACAAGCCAGCAUUCGGGCUGGUCAACGAAGUCGAGCUGGAAUCGCCCUCUCUAGAUUCUUCGAUGGAUACACCUAUGAUCUCGGCCGCCCCGAGCCCGUUGGAAGAGUCACCGCUGGUGAACUCGAAAGACGGUCUACAAGAGAGAAAGCGUCCAACAUUUCUACGGCCGAGUUUAGCACGGAGCAAAGCACAGAGUUUCCAACUAGGAAUGAACAAGCCGGCCCCAGAGAGUCAAGCCCCGCCGUUCAAGUUUCAGAGCCGGGGAAACAGGACGUCGCUUAGCGCAUCUGCAUCGUUGGAGGAUAUGUUUUGCGAGUCACCCCAAAGAGAACGUCCGUCGUUGAAGAACCACUCGACCGGCAAUCUGUUGAGCAGCUCUCGUCUCAAACCACCAUUUGGCAGUAGCAACAGCCACGUGCGGGGAAAUGGAUCCCCGUCCGCGGCGUCAGUCCGCAAGAAUUCACACCCCACGAUGCGCCCACGCAAGCAGUGUAGACGUUCGUUGAGCAUGUUUGAGCAUCCCGAGGAUGUAGUCGUCGAAAAAGAGGCAACUUUAGUUACAAAUGCACCACUCCCGUCGAUCAUCGACAUUGAAGGAUCCCCCAGCCUGCAGCUUCCUCACGUCUUUUCGGAGGACCAGGCAGAUACAUUGCCUCGUAUCGACAAAAACAUCCUGGUGGAGCUCUUGGAUGGGAAAUACAACGAUCGUUUUGACAACGUGAUGAUUAUUGACUGCCGCUUUGAAUAUGAGUACGAGGGAGGCCAUAUCAAUGGCGCUGUCAACUACAACGACAAGGACCACCUGGCCGCCGAGCUCUUCACCGCACCCAAGCCGCGGACGGCCUUGAUCCUCCACUGCGAAUACUCGGCCCAUCGCGCCCCGAUCAUGGCCAAGUACAUUCGUCACCAGGAUCGCGCUUUCAACGCGGACCACUACCCGCAACUCACCUACCCCGAUCUGUAUGUCCUGGACGGUGGUUACAGUUCCUUCUUCUCCAAGCACCGCUCGCUGUGCUACCCGCAGAACUAUGUCGAGAUGUCUGCCAAGGAGCACGAAUUCGCUUGCGAGCGAGGCCUCGGCAAGGUGAAGCAACGGUCCAAGUUGAAUCGGGCUCAGACUUUCGCGUUCGGGGAGAAUUCGCCUCAAAUGGAAGACAGCCCGACCGGACGGUGUCGCAAUGGCCCCGGGGAGCGAAACCGAUUUUUGGGAUCCCCGUUUGCCGAAAGCCCCGCAUCCAGUCGACUCUCCGGCCGUCGGAUGCUCUCUUACUAAAGUUACGAAACCUUGGUGCAGUGCACCGUGCACCACGCAAUGAUGUUAUGACCGACUUGGAACAAGCCACGCUGCGACCACCUGAUGGCCUUUCUUUUGCACCUGGCUCUUUCCAUCUGCCCUUCGGCGUUUCCUAAAAAUGGCCAGUGCAGGUCAAUUGGCUGAACGUGUGCAUUUGCGAGUUUUGGCGCAAAAGGGUUUGCAUCCUUGGGCUUUGGAGGGAGACGCAUUGGACCUUGGGAAAGGCAGCGUCUCACCUGACCAGCCCGUUCCGCUCAUUUUGA